CGCGAACCGCGAUGACCCCGAAACUUCUCGCUCGAAAUUAUGCUUUUGUUAAUGAGAGUUUAAUCGCAGACACACACUCUCUCUCUCUCUCCCCUCUCCCUCUCUCUCCAUUCCUCCCUCCCUCCCUCCCUCUCUCCCUUACGGAUGCUGAUUGUAAGCCCGUACAGCGAUUUCAUCAGAAGAAGGGGAUAGGGGCCGUAAAUCCGGGUAAAGAAAACAUUUUCCAUAUGUGAACGUUAGUAUGUAACGGCCGGCUAACGAGAGUGGACUUGAGAUUUCGUUGCUCAGUCUUACGUCAGCCUUUCAGCGGAACCAGUUUGGGAAAUCGAGUUUGCCUUUGGUUCAUUUAUUGCGCUAACAAUAAGCGUUAUUUGUCGCUGUCUUCUUUGUUUCUUGUACAAACGUUACAUUUUUAAUCGUGGACCCAUUCUAUUGACGGAUCAUCAUCUUUACGAUUUUAUAACAGUCGACGAGUGAAAGAGUUGUAGCUGUGGUGGUGUGGUAUCGGAGAAAUUAAAUACUGACGUGUACGCCGAUAGAUUGAGAAAUAUUCCAACACGUUACUCUAUUUUUAAAAGAGGAAAAAGAAACAAGUAUCCUACGUCCUACGUGAGGCUUUUUUUAUUGAAAAAUCAUGCCGAGUAGUAAAACGAGAAUCGCCAUUGUGGGUGGUGGAGUGUCUGGUUUGGUGGUAGCUCGUCACGUGGUGGCCAAGUUAGAUAUCUACAGUCUCAUGUUGUUUGAGCAAACUGAUCAGAUCGGUGGUACAUGGGUCUAUACCGAUGAAACGGAUCUUGACAAGCACGGGCUUUUGAUACACAGCAGCAUGUACAAGAAUCUUAGGACGAACAUACCGAAGGAAAUAAUGGCAAUACCUGACUUUCCUUUUCAAGAUUCGGAAGGCCCAUCUUUCACCCAUCACAGAGUUAUAAGGGAAUACCUCAUGGCCUAUGCGAAGCAUUUCAACCUCCAUCCCUAUAUCAAAUUGAAUACUCUGGUGAAGCGCGCAGAGCCAGAAACUACGAGGAACGGUCGGACGUUGUGGACGGUGACAUACCAAUCACUGGAGACCAAAGUAGAGACCACAAAGACCUUCGACGCCGUGGUGCUGUGCAACGGUCAUUAUAGUGUCGGUCGUGUUCCGCAUAUUCCAGGUAUCGAAAGCUUCCGCGGUAGACGCGUUCACAGCCACCAGUACAGAGUGCCGGAGACCUACGCCGGCAAGAGGGUUUGCAUACUCGGCGCGUCCUGGUCCGGCAUCGAUAUCGCCUUGGAAGUCUCGCAAUAUGCCGCUAAAGUAUAUCUGAGUCAUAAUCUGCCGGAACAGUUCGACUCGAAGAUGUCGAGCAACGUCGAACAAAGGCCCGGUGUUGAGUCUGUCCGGGGGAACAUGUUCACUUUCCGCGACGGCUCCACGGCGGAAGUGGACGAUUUUAUAUUCUGCACCGGUUACAAGUUCACGUAUCCCUUUAUGUCAACUAAAGUUGAGAUACGUACAGAUGACGACCACGUGGAGCCUAUUUACAAACAUCUGGUGCACAUAGAUUACACGAAUCUGUUCUUCAUGGGCCUGCCCGCGCUCGUGAUACCGUUCCCGUGUUUUCAUAUUCAGGCGCAGUACGUCCUCGCCAUCCUCGAGAACCGCGUCAAGUUACCGUCGCCGCAACAGAUGCGCGAGGAAUUCGAACGCGAGAAGAAAUCUCUGCUGGAUCAAGGCAUUCCGCUGAGACACAUCAACAAGCUCAAGGACAGACAAUGGGCUUACUACGACGAGAUGGCAGCCGCUGCGAAUGUACCGAGCUUGGCGCCGGUGAUCAAGAAGAUCAUGGAUCACGUUUUCCAGAUGCGCGACGCAGACUUCACCACCUACAAGAAUUAUCAAUACCGCAUCAUCGACAGCGAGAACUUUAGCAUGUCUUAUUGUAAACCUUGUUAAGGCCCACGACGCAGAGAAUACGGAAAGUGAAUAUAAUUUUACGUGCAAAAUGAUCGCACAGAGAUUCAGACGGUCGCGGACCGAGCCCGAACAACUGUUUGCACCUUGCACCUACUGUUGAUGUCGGCAUCAUUUCGCCGACAAGUUUAAACGUCGAUUUGUUCCGACAAAUAUAUUGAUUUGAUUCGAUUAAUAACAAAUCGUUUUAACAAUGAGAAUCGAACGAAAGCGCGGGACUUGUGUGUAUUAGCGUGUAAUAAGAAUGUUCGCCAUUCGCCAUUGAUCAUAACGUGCUUCUAUGGCUGCGUUCGCCUUGGGCGCUUUCGCGCUGAAAGCGUCAGUUUAUCUUUAUUGCUCAUUACAUGUUGAAAAAAGAUGCAUCAUGCUUUCAGCGCGAAAGCGUCCAAAGCGAACGCAGCCUAUAUGCGAAGCUGAUUCGCAAUGUAGCUUGUUGCGAUAGUAAAUGAUACAGAAAAGAUAAUUAAAACAGACGCACGGAGAAUAAAACGAAGUUAUCGCGUCACUUAUACUUGCAACACAAAAAUGUAACAUAUACGUAUAUCGGUAUAUCCAUUAAUGGUUAGUUUCAUGUGAAAUGUUUAGAUGUGUUUGCAAUAAAAGGACAUCACUUGUCACGCGCGCGCAUACAAAUGCACGUUGUAAACAACUACCAAUCGAUCAAUUUUAUCUUUGUUUCUAGUGAAAUCAAUCAAUGCUCACAUUAUGUACAUGUUACAGUAAAAGUGUGAAAGUCAGUAAAUGUAUACCCACAAUUCAGUAAAUGGAGGAGUGAGGGACUGCGACCCCCGCACCCCGCACCCCCCACAAAAACCACGCAACCCAACCUGUGUAUCACUGUGUGAAAAAAAAUGUUGCUUAUAAAAGAUGAAAAUUUGAAACAUAAAAUUCAGUAAAUCCAUACAUUGACUAUAAAACACAAGUGUAUACAUUUACUGAUUUCACGCUUUUACCGUGUGACAUGUAUGUACAAGGAACAACUUGAAUUAUUUU